UUUUAUACAGUUGUUCGAGUGUUUUUGUUGGCGCUUUACAUAGUCCCUUAGUUUUCGAUCGCAUCCUUUCUGUAUCCUUUUAUAUACGCAAAAUAAUGAAAACUGUGGAUUAUUUGGAGAGGAAAUACCCAUGCCGCGGUGAUUUUAUUCACAGUCUCUACAAUUUGAUUUCGACUCCUGAUGAAGACUUUCCUCCAUCGAUCUACAUAAAUGGUCACACGGGAACUGGUAAAACAUCUAUUGUGAAAAACUUUCUUAAAAUUUGCAAACAGAAAAAUAAGAAAUACCAUGCCGUACAUGUCAAUUGUGUUGAAUGCUAUACCACCAAAAUUCUCUUCGAUCAUAUUUUGGAAGAGUUUGUUAGAACAGAGGUACGAUGUGAAACAUUCAAGGAUUUCGUCGAAACAUUGAGGCAGUUUGAUGUCGGUAGUGGAAAUGGUUAUGUAGUGGCUUUAGAUAAUGCCGAUCGAUUAAGGGACAUGGAAAGCAAUGUACUGCCAUCUCUUUUGAGACUUCAAGAAUUUACGGGUCUUAAUAUUUGUGUGCUUCUAAUAUCACAAAUUCCAUUGGAAAAGUACCACUGCAAGACUGGACUAACUGAACUAAUAACAUUGUAUUGUCCACAGUAUACAAAAUUGGAGACAUUGAAAAUUUUAAGCUAUAAUUAUGAAGAGACUAUUAAACUACUUAAGCUGCGGAUUAAAGAUCUCGAUGGAGGCUCAGAUCUGGAGAAAAAAUAUGUUAUAGUUGACCAAAUAACUCAGGAUUUUUUCAACAAUUAUCUUAAUGUAUUUCUAAGCGUUUUUUAUAAAGCUUGUCGUGAUGUGCCCGAAUUGAAAAUAACUGCAAGCAAGUACUUUGUGACCUACAUGGAACCAGUGUUAAGUGGCAGCGUCGAAAUGAACGAUGUUGCUAAACUAUGGCGCAAGAUUGUAACACCAUUGCGAUCAGCAUUGUCUCAAGUUUAUAUGCGCUUUGAUAAAACCCAAGACGAUGUUAUUUCGGAUCGUACAGAUGGACAUGUUGAGAACCAUAGUAUACGUAAAAUGGUUCAAGCCUUCGAACUUCCAUUCUAUGGGAAAUACUUGCUCAUAGCUGCUUUCUUGGCCAGUCACAACUCGGCCAAGGAGGACAAACGACUUUUUGUAAAACAUCAUGGAAAGCAACGAAAACGUAUGCAAACUGUUAACGCUAAGGCUAAGGUUGUGGAAAAAAUGUCUACCUCCCUGGGCCCAAAAUCAUUUAGUCUUGAUCGUUUGCUGGCAAUAUUUUAUGCUAUUCUCGAUGAGAAAGUUGGCUUAACUUGUAAUCUCUUAUCACAAAUCUCAACAUUAGUUCAUCUUAAGCUUUUGGGGUUUGUGAGUGGCGAGAAUAACAUAAUGGAUGGAUCUGCCCGUCUGCAAUGUACAGUUGGACUGGAGUUUAUUUUAUACAUUGGAAAAAUUGUUGGUUUUAAUGUUUAUCAGUAUUUAUGUGAUUUCUCUUGAAAUUCUUGUAAUAUUCAAUAAAAAGUUUUUUUUUGUAAUAUGUA